AUGACAAGCAAUUCACCCCGCUCUCUAUCCCCUACGCAUCAUUCUAAAACCGUGGAGGAACACGCCCAGGGCACCACCACCACCGAGGGCGGCGGUGCCCUCCAGACAGAGGCAGCCAUCGAGAUCGGCAACGAGCAAAACGAAAGCGACGACGGAUAUGCCACUGACAGCGACCUGAAUGCUUCAACGUCGCUGGCCUCAAGCGCCUACAACUUCCCCUUUGAAAACGGGCGCAGAUUUCAUAAAUAUCAUGAGGGUACAUACCUGUUUCCAAACGAUGAGCAGGAACAGGAGUGCGAAGAUAUGAAACAUUCCAUGAUUGUUAAUCUCUGCGGGGGGAAGUUGCACUAUGCUCCGCUUGAGAACCCACAGAUGAUUCUUGAUAUCGGGACCGGAACGGGCGUCUGGGCCAUUGACAUGGGUGAUGAAUACCCUUGCGCUAAUAUCCUCGGCAUUGACUUAAGCCCUAUACAGCCUCUCUGGGUUCCUCCCAAUGUGAGGUUUAUGGUUGAUGAUGCGGAGUGCGCAUGGCUCCAUCCAGACAACCACUUCGACUUCGUCCAUCUUCGACAUCUGACGUCGUCGAUUAAAGAUUUUCCAAGGCUAUUCAAAGCUGCAUAUGACAAACUAAAACCCGGUGGAUGGAUUGAAAUCCAAGACCUCCAUUUCCAGCCCCAAUGCGACGACGGCUCCCUACCGGCCGACUACAUAUUGGCCAAAUGGCUCCAGUUAAUGGAAGAAGGACUCGCCAGGUUCAAUGUGGACCUCCUGUCCCCUACGAAACACCCGGGGUACAUUCGCGACGCCGGAUUUACGAAUAUUAACGAGCGAAUCUUCAAAGUGCCCAUUGGCACAUGGCCGAGAGACAAGAAGCUGAAGAAGAUCGGGCGGUAUAAUCGUUGCGUGAUCAAUGGCGGAUUGCAAGGGAUGAGCAUGAAGACAUUUACUGGGGCGUUGGGCUGGACGUUGCAGGAGAUGGAGGUUUUUAAUGUCGGCGUUCGGAAGUCUGUGGAGGAUUCGUCGAUACAUUCGUAUCUUCCGUUCCACGUCGUGUUUGCGCAGAAACCUCCUAAGAGCUACUACAAUGGGGUCGACUGA